GAGAGUGAAAGGAGAAAGGUGGCAGAGAGACGCGUGGAAAUGUUGGAAACGUUUCAAAGCUAACCGUCACGCUUUUCUCGUGCAUGAUUCACUUUUGUCUACCCUGUUUAGUUUUCUUUCUUUCUUCUGUUUAAUUUCGCGCUGGUUCUGCCGCUUUACGGUCCGAGUCUUGUAUCCCUGGCAACGCGAGUAACUUGCGAAGUUUGGAUCAAGUGUUUUACGCUCAGCCGGACAAUUGAGUGGAUAUUUACCCGCUAAACUAAGGAAACUGACUCCGGAGGACACAAGAGUGCGCGUGAAAGCGGACCAAACUGUUUAUGGUCACAAUGGACUAGUUUGGCGGCUUUCUUUCACUUCAAACACUGUUUGUGGAAACGGGACAGCGCGAGACAAUAGUGUGUGUGAGACAGUGGAGUGUGUGUGUGUGUGUGUGUGUGUGUUUGGGGAGUUGGAGCCUCGCGGGGCUUUGUUCUGCCGCGGGUGGACACGGAUAUCGACUGUUGCAGUCGCGAGGUGGAUUUAAUGAUAAGUUUGUGACCAUCAAGCGGAGUCAAAGCCGCGGGAGCAGCCAUGGACGUGACUCUGUCCGAGUUACUGGCCACUUUCAUGGAGUCACCGCUGGUGCUGUGGGUGCGGACGUUGGGCCCGUUGGGUUCAUGUGACGAUGUGGGCUCAGAGGAACGGGUCAGCAUGUUCAUGGAGCUGGUGGAUGGUGUCUUCCUGCACAAGAUCAUGACACACAUUGACCCCAGUCCAAGUAAUCAGAGGCUGAACAAGAACGUGAGCAAUGAUGUGUCACUGCGCCUCCACAACCUGACUGUUCUCACCAGACACAUCAGGACGUACUACCAGGAGAACUUACAGCAGUUAAUCGUUAUGCCCCUUCCCAACAUUCUCUGCAUCGCCAAGGAUCCAAUAUCAGCUAAGAGUAUGGAAGAACUGAAAAGACUUUUGUUGCUGCUACUCGGCUGUGCUGUUCAGUGUGAGCGUAAGGAGGAGAUGAUAGAGAAGAUCAAGCUGCUGGACAUCGAGACCCAGGCUGCCAUCGUCUCUCACAUCCAGGAGGUCACACAUAACCAGCUAAAUGUCCUUGACCUCUCCUGGCUGGAGGAAGGAACAGAGCUUGGGCACGAUGAGCUGGAACCUCUGUCUCGCACCAUGGCUACAUCUUUACAGCAACUGAUUGACGAGAGAGACAAAGCCAUCGAGGUGAUUUUGGAUCUGACCCAGGAGAGGGAUUACCUGUUCAGUCAGCAGCCGCAGGAGGGCUGCAGGAACCUGGGUAUGAGUAGCCCAGAGCGAGGGCAGAGUUCUGGAAGAGUGGGAGUUAACGACAGAGGAGUGGCUGUGACUAUGUCUGGGCUGAGCAAAGAAGAGAAACAGCAUCUGUCUGUGGAGCUCGCUGACACCAAAUCCAAGCUCCGCAAAUACAGACAAGAAUUAGAAGAGAAAACAGAACAACUGAUGGAUUCAAAACAUGAAGUGGAACGCUUGGAUCAGGAGUUACAGAGGCAGAAACAAGAGAACCAGUCCCUGACUUGUGAGGCUCGUUUGGCCCGAGUUUACCGGGAUGAGGUGGACUCAAUGAGGGAAAAAGCAUCCAGGGUGGAUAAAGUGGAGACUGAACUGACCAGAUGUAAAGAAAAACUCAACGAUGUUCACUUCUACAAGACCAGAGUUGAGGAGCUUCGAGAGGACAACCUGACCCUGCUGGAGACAAAGAUGCUGCUAGAAGAACAACUCUCAGCCUCCAGGGGGCGCUUUGAAAAACUUCAUACACUAGAGAAAGACAACCUGUUACUACGAGCGAAGAUACAUGACCUGGAAAUGGAAAGGGACAAUGAACGUCAGAGGCUGGAGGAGCUGGUGGAGGAGAACAUGCUGCUGGAGAUCGGACACAAACAGAGUAUGAACGAGUCAGCUCAUCUCGGCUGGGAGCUGGAGCAGCUGAGCAAGAACCAUGACAACACUAACACAGAGACUCGUAAGUCGUUAGUCCACGAGCUGAACGAGUGCGUUUCCAGUCGAGUGUUGAAGCUGGAGAAGGAAAACAGGGAGCUGCAGGCCUCGAUAGAAAGACUGAAGGAGGAGAAUCACCUCAUGCAGGAGCAGCAGCUCCACACACAGGAGCUGGAUAGAGAAAACCAGAGUCUCAGCAAGAAGUUGGAGCGUUUUCAGGGCUUGUUGGACCAGGAGAGAUUGACCAAUCAGGAUAUGGAAUCUCUGGGAGAGGAAAUACUGAAGGAAAAGCAGUGUGUGGAGAGAGAGCUACACAUGCUGAGGGCAGAAAAGGAUCGACAGAUCUCAGAGUUGGAGAGUGAGAAGCAGCACCUGUCUGAGGCAGUGGCGUCUCUUCAGGAGCGCGCGCAGUCUAACAGUGAGGCGAGGGUCCGCGAGGUAGAAGCGAAGAACCGUUUACUGCACCAGAACAUCACUGACACCAGCUCCCGUUUGGCCAGUUUGGAAUCUCAACUCAAAGUGCUCGAUGAGGAGGCAGAGAGGCUGAGGGACAGGGCAGCCCGCUGUGAAGAGGCGGAGAGAGAGGCGGCGAGGCUGGAACGGAGCAGGGACACUUUGAACAGAGAAGUGGUGUCUCUGCGGGCAUGCAGUGAGCGGUCAGAGGCUCUAGAGAAGCAGGUUUCCUCCCUAGAGCAGGAGGUGCAUAGGCUGAAGAGGGAGGCUGAGGAGGCCCAGCAACAGCUGCAGCAGCUGGGGAGGCAUGAGGUGGAGAACGGCCUGGUGACAAAAGAGAACCUGGAGCUCCGCUGCUCCCUGGAAAACCUGCGAGCCUCAUCCACUCGCCUGGCUAGCCUACAGGAGGAGCAUAAGGAGGCACAGAAAGAAAAACAGGAGCUGGAGAGGAGGCUAGAGGACGUCAGAGAGGAGGCACAAACCGAGAGGAAGAGGGCAGAAAGGCUGGAGGUGAACAUUGCAACUCUGAAUCAGGAGAAACGUUGCUUAGAGGAGGAAAUAGAGAGGAGUAAAGAUGAGACGGAACAGUUGGAGAGAGAGAAGCAAGAGACACAAAACCGAGAGGAGGAAUGGAGAAGGGAAGUAGAAGAUCUAAAGGCGGAGCGGAAAAGGAGAGAGGAAGGAGACAAGGAGAGAAAGAAGCUCCAACUGGACCUGGAGCAGUCCGAGAAGGGCAGGAAGAAUUUGGAAAAGGAGAGUUUGAAAUACCGAACUCUGCUAGAAGGUAAAGAGACGGAACUGGAGGAGAAAACCAGACGACUGGCGACAGUAGAGAAGGAGGGCAUGACUCUGAGUAAGGAAGUGGAUAGGCUGAAGGAGGUGGCAGUCAAAGGCAAAGAGCUGGAGAGGGAGAACAAGGAGCUGCAGAAACAGGCCACAAUUGACAAGAGAACUCUGGCUACUCUAAGAGAGGAGCUGGUGUCGGAGAAACUGAGUGUUCAGCAGAAGAGCGUUGACUUAGAGAGACUCAGUGAAGAACUGGAGAAGAUCGGCCUGAACAGAGAAAAACUACUGCAGCAAGAGCACACGCUGGACGACAGCAGGUACAGGCUACUUGAGUCUCGACUGGAGGAAACUGUUCAACAGUCAAUGAAGAUAAAGGAGGAGAAAAUCUCCACUCUGGAUAAGAAGCUUCAGGAGAGCAAAGCACUCAAUGUUGCACUGCGUGCCGACCUAACCACUGCUCAUAAGACAGUAAAUGCCUUGAGUCAGACACAGGAAGAGCAGAGAAACACCUCCCGGCACUUCUCAGAUGGUGACAGGAGUCAAGGGUCAGCCACUGCUGAGCUUCUGCGAAUCAAAGAUCAUCUCAUUGAUGUAGAGAAGAGUAAUGCCUCUCUGCAGACAGAGAGCAGCCUGUUGAAGGACCAGAUCAAGCAGUUGGAGAACCAGAACACUUCUCUAAACAACCAGAUGGGGGCACUGCAGCGACACACCACCACCCUACAGGAACAGAAUUCAGGCUUACACACACAAACGGCAAAACUGCAGGUGGAGAACUCCACACUCGCCUCUCAGAGUGCGUCUCUGAUGGCCCAGAAUGCUGUGCUGCAAGGUCAAGUCACAGCCUUGGAGACGGAGGUAGAGUCGUGGCAGCGACAGCGCGAGGAGGCGUGGCGGGCUCGAGAAAGUGUGCUCAGUGACCACGAACGCCUGCUGAGCGUUCACGAAAGGCAAGCGCACGAGUAUGAGCAGGUGAUCAGUCAGCAUGCAUCGUUGAAAGGCAAACAGAGGGCACUAGAGAAUGAACACAGGACGCUGCACAACAAGUAUUGUGUUUUGGUGCAGCAGAAGGAGAAAUGGGACGAGCAUGAGGGGCGUGGUCAGAAGGAGAAGGAGGAAUUAAACCAGGAGACUCAGAAGAAUCGGCUUCUGCAGCAAGAGAAUCUGCAGCUGAAGACAGAAGUGGACAGACUGACAGAGAGCCAAUCACAGCACUCAGAGAAGAAUGAAGGACUUCAGCAGCGCAUAAAUGAACUCAAGAGCUCAUUAAGCUCCACCCAGCUGGAAAUGAGUCAGUGGAUGGCACGAUAUGAUUCACUAAUGGAACAACAUCAGGGCCUGGAUCUAACGAUGACCAAACUAGACAACCACUGUGAGCUGCUGAGUCGACUGAAAGGGAACCUUGAAGAGGAGAACCACCACCUCUUGAGUCAAAUCAAUAUGCUGAGUCAGCAGAACCACACUAUGCUGGAGAGGACCAUGGAGAGCAAAGAGCGAUAUCACCAGGAACAGAAACUAUACAUUGACAAGCUGAAUUCUCUUCGUCGGCAAAAGGAGAAACUCGAGGAGAAGAUUAUGGACCAGUACAAGUUCUACGACCCUACACCUAAAAAGAAGAGUCAGUGGACGGCCAAAGUUCUUGCCAAACUCAUUCAACCCCGAAAGGAGAGCAGCAGAGAGAGAGGAGGCGACCGGGACAGGGAAGUGGGCAAAGAGAAGGAGCGAUCAAAGAGUGCCCCGGACAUCCCGCUGCCGGCCCUACCCCAGCUCCUCCCCCCAGAGACACCGCCCCCUCUCCCACAGCGGACAGGGUGUGACUCACAAAAUGGUGGCCAUGCUCACAGUAACCUUAGCAACCACAGCACCAGCCCCAGCCUGGGUCCCAAGAGUCCAGCACCACUGACGCCAAUCAGCCGAGGUUUGACUGACAGGAACCUGGGAGUUCAUCGUAACAGUACUCCAGGUGGCAGCAGUGAGAGUGUCAAUGGAGAGGAUGGACAUGUACAAGGUCAAAUCCACAAAGUUCUCAGCUCAACUCCAAACCAUCUGCCACCCUCACUGGGCCAAACCAAUAGUUCUAACUCCAGAGUGGGACCAGGCCUGAGCCGCAGGACGAGAGGUCUGUUACUCGAUGAGGACUCUUGCCACAAUACCUCUGAGUCAGUGUUUGGUCACCAUGGCAACGUGGGGGGUAGGCCAGGAUCAGCAGACUUUAGCCACAACACGUCCAGCUCCAACUCCCCUGUCAAUUUCAGAGACUCAGUCGAUUGUCAGCCACGCUCAGCCAGUCUGUCCAGCGAUGACAUCAUGGGUCUCAGCCGAUCGCAGCUGACUCUGUCACGUAGCUCCACCCUCCCGUACGACCAGACGCCCCAGAGGGCCCAGCCUCAGCGGGGAGGCGGAGUCAAGACCAAGACUCGCACAUCUUCACCUGGGAGUCAGAUGGUGACGCUGGAAGAGUUUCUACAAGAGAGCAACGUACAGUCCCCUCCUAUGGUCUCUACAGGAAGCAGAGAAGACUUGAUGACUGACUAUUUUACCAGAAGUCCCGCCCCCUCUGCUCCCACUAAUCGAGAUCAGGUGACUCCCACAAGCUACGUCAUGCCAACUGUUCAAACAUCCAACCAGCGGCCAGGCCAGAGUGUGAAGCCUUCACCGCGCCAACCCGUCGGUCAGUCCCCGUCCUCGGGCCAGAGACCCGGCCAGUCUCUGAGCCGCGCCUUCAGCUUGGCCUCAGCCGAUUUGCUGCGCUCUAGCGGCCCAGACAGUUUCCGUGGAAACGAGGCCGGUCCUGGCCAAUCGGAUGUGGUGGUUCGACGGCAAGGAGGAGGGGCUAAUGUCAGAGAACGACCGCUCUCAGCUCGUCUGGCUGGUCCGAACACUCAGCUCGCAGACAGCAGCUUCCUCAACCCGCCCAUUCACCACUCGUCGUCUCUCAAUCUGCCGACAGAGAGAUACGCAGAGCGAGAACGAGAGCGAGAGAGAGAGAGGGGGAGGGCUCCAGCGACACGGAACGGCCCGUCCUCCUCCUCAUCUUACCAUCACCGUGGAGAGGUGGCCAUGGUGACCCCCGUCAGAGCUGUGCCCGCCACGCAGCCCAAUGAAGCAUCUGAGCACGGGGAGGUGUCGAGGGAGGGGCAGUCGGGAGACUCCUCCCACUUAAAGAAAGAAAGCGAGAGAGCGAGAAGUGGCUCCGCCGAGCGCCCAAAGAGCACGCCAGCGUCCCCCGACCCCAACAACGACCCGCAGACGGUGUGGUACGAGUACGGAUGUGUCUAAAAACCUGGAGCUGUGGCAGACGAGUCCAAACUCUCAUGAACACAUGAAUCAGUCUUCAAACUUUGAAGUAUUUAACUUUGUUCCAAUGAGGCGUCAGUCACUGGACGUCCCAUGGGUGGGAGCAUAGCCACAUUUGAAGCAUGUCAGCAUGAAGGACUUCAGUUGGUAUUUUCUGGAACAAAAUUGUAGAUAAACAAGCAGAAGCCGAGUUAACAGCAUGCGGCGAAAAACAGUUGAUGUUGAUGCUCAGUUUCAUCACCAUCAUGGUCUCAUGCUGAAACUUUCAGGAGCAGAUGCUAUAUACUGUAGAUGAUGUUUUUUAAAGACUUGAACGCAACACUAAAGCCGCUGAGAAUGCUGGAAGUCUUCAGGCUCAGUCAUAGUAGCACCGUGUUCUGUAACCCAGCCAAAGGCCUCAGCCCAUGUGACCAAAGGAGCAGCUUUGACGAUGGUGUAGCUGUUACUGGCUGAAGAACUAGACUAAUUGUGGAUGAUUUCACCCGCUGGUUAUUUUUUUUAUUAUUUUUUUAAGUUCUAAUUUUACUUUCAGUUGAAAUGGAGGAAGAUGCUUCAGUGACCAAAGCCUGAGAAUCCAUGACACUUAAGCUGGAGCUGUUAAGACUGCAGGAGUUAGCCGUCAUCGAGUGCGACCGAACUGAAGUGAAGACGACCAGAAGCACCGGAGCAACUGAAUGUAAUGUUUCUCCUCCAUUUUCUCUCUCCACAAACACUGGAAGCAAAAAAAAAAGACAAGAGAGGAAAGCAGAAAAUGGAGGGAUUCAAGCAAAGAGUAGAGAAGCAAGGGAAGGAGAAGUGGGUGUAGAAGAGAUAGUGAGAGCCGGCUAGAAUAAACAGAGGGAUGCUGGGAUGGACACAGAUGAAGGGACAGAUAUAGAGACGCAUGGAUGGAGUGAUGAAGGAAUGAAUAGAUAAACAAGACAGAGGUGGAGGGGCCCCUCCCGGAUAAAUUACAGCCUUUCCUCCUCCAUCUUUAGAUUCUGUCCCAGCAUGCAACACGCAUGACACUUUACUGGAAAUGUUGCUCUGCCCAAGCCAACACUAGUUUCUCACACACACACACACACACACACACAUCCAGUAUAUAUAAUGAUAUAUACAGAAACAGGCAUUGUCCCUGGGGGAAUCGGUUUUUGCUUUUCUAACCGAUGAACUGGAUCUAAUUCAAACACACACACACACACACACACACACACACACUGCUGGGUAAAUCACUGCUGCACGCUACACAGUUGUAGGCACCGCACGAUGUAGACUGAACCUGAAUCCAGAGCCACUGUGAUCUGGUCGGGAUUGCAAAGGGGCGGGAAAUUCCCGGUAAAACUUGGAAUAAAUGCGAUAAAUAACAGUUAGUUCCCAGUUUAAUGACAAGUGAAUAAAUAAAUGACAUUGUUGCACGUUGAAUAUUAGCGCACACUAUGCUAUAUUGGGUGACCGCUACUUUGUUAGCAUCGUAUAACAAGUAGCAGUAGCUGAAUGUGUUUUUGUUUUUUUUGGUAAAAUAGUGUACAGCUGAAAGAAGUAGUGAAUCAACGGCUAUGAGCAUUAGCUUUUGUCUUCUGUCCAAAUGAGUUAACAUCGUCAUAUCAGAGUCUACAUCAGCAUUAAGUGACCAGAUUUAUGCCGUUUCACUGUGGUAUUGCUACAGGUGUAAGUCUCACCUGCUGCUGCCUGUUAACAAGAAACGGUGAAAGAACACAAGCCAUUUAUCAGGCAUUCCAGAUCCAGUUUUACACUUACGUUCAAAACCUCAAUUAUAGCAGAACAUAGUUUUAAUAAAAGAACAUGAAAUAAAGUUUAUAAAUGAGAAAAUGACCAGAUGUGUGUUUUAGAAAACUGAUCCAAAACUAAUGAAGACUUCUCAUACGACAACAAACCAUUUCUCACUAUUGAUUUUUGACACUUAUCUAAUAUAACCUGAGACCUUAAAGGGACAGAUAAUAUAAAAACCGACAAAGUGUCCAUGUGGUGCCGUUUUCCAUUGAUCCACUUCUAAGCGAACGCCUACACGCCCUAACUGCUCCAGAGAAACACUGUCACUUUUUAACUGUCACAUCUGCGUCUCAUGGCUGCAAAUCUGACACAUUUCACACCUUAACACCUGAGUAUGAGUCACCUUUUUCUAGAUUGAUCACUUUACUUGUUCUCUAAAAGUCACCUUCCUAUAAAUCAAAGGUUUCUGUUGUCGUAGGUGACCCGUGCGGGGGAGUUUACACAUUUUCUAUGGGGGCGAAUGGAGAGAGAGAGGAAGAAGAGGGUGAAUGAAAGUUUCCUCCUGAGAUAAAUGACGUUAAUGAAAAGAGAAUCUGAAGUUAGUGACACUGAUCCACUGAUUUAUCUAUUUAUUGUGUGUCUGUACUGCUUGUAGUUACCGCGACUACAUUAGAGACGACUGAAACAUUCCUAGAGCACCAGAGAGACGACGAGAAUGAGGAGAAAACACUGGAGUACAUCACUAACGUAACAUGCUCCACACGAAAAAAGAAAAAAUACUGACGAUAUGCAACUAAAUUAUUGUACCUGUAACAUUUGUACAUGUUAGAUUUUAUACUUUACGAGUCCUGGGUUACAUUUUAAAGUAAAACCUUCUGGAAACUUUACCUUUGAAACUGUUUGUUGAUACCAAAACAAAUCCAGAUUUCCUGUUAACUGGUUAAAAAAAAACCUGAUUCCACUGUAGAACUUCAGGAGCUGAACAUUUUUAUUUACGCAUUUUAAGUUUUAGUAGCGACGUGAUGAUACGUAAGACACUGUAGUUUGAUGCCUUCUGCAGCAAUCUGUCCGUUUAUUGUUUUGAGGCUGGUGUGUGUGUGUGUGUGUGUGUGUGUGUGUGUCUUCUGAUUUCAAAAUAAGGGGACGCAAUUUCCUUUUUUGUUGAAAAACCUCCCCCCACCUGUGUGUGUGUGUGUGUGUGUGUGUGUGUCUUGCAUUAUUACUAUGUUGUUGGAUGGAUGGAUGGAAGGUGUGAGUAUGAGUGUCUCUGUCUCUCUGGGUUUUCCCUAAGUUCCAUUGUUAAGAAUUACCAAAAAGAAGUCAUUUCUGCAAUACAUUAAAAAAAUCAAAUCAAAUGCUGCGGUGCGUCGCUGCGUCACAAGAGAGAAGUGAAAGCAGAAGGUGAUUUGGAGCUGACGUCACAGACAUUUCCUGCUUUAACUGGAAUAACUGCUACUGUAACUGAGGAGGCUGACGUUAACACAGAAGCUUGUUUUCUAAUAAAUGUUUCUAAAACUGAA